AUGAUUGUUAGUCCGUGUUGUCGGAUUAUCAGAAGUUGCUGUGUGAGCAAUCGAGGGACGUUUCAUUCUCGCUUGGCCGCCUUGUACCCUUCAUAUAUCAAAAUACCUAACAACCACGCUCGGAUAAUUGUUACAAAGUCUAGAAAAAUCAACCGUCCUUCUAGUUCAUUUAUUAUUGACACGAAAGAAGCCAGGCAGCGUAAUUCAGAUUCAUCAACAGUGAGUUCAGACCUGGAUGAAAUUUUAAAGGAUCAAACACCAUCAGCACAGCUUCGACUAGUAGAUGCCUAUCGUAGAGGUUUUCAAUCGUCAACUGACAGUGGGAAGUCAUCAAAUAAAAUGCAGAUGUGGAGGACAAUUAUUAUAAAGACUAUUCUUUUUGGGGUGGUCUCUUGCUUCACCAUAGUGUUUUUAAAAAAGACACUUGGUGGUACGUUCCCGAAAUUCUUGGACCAGAAUAUAGGGUCGUUUGCUGAAAACACUGACGUUAGCUUUAGUGACGUCCAAGGAUGUGAUGAGGUCAAAAAGGAACUCGUGGAUGUCGUUGAAUUUCUUAGAAACCCUGAAAAGUUCAAUCAGAUUGGAGCUAAACUCCCUAAAGGUGUUCUCCUUGUGGGUCCUCCUGGAGUUGGAAAAACCUUACUCGCUAAAGCCGUGUCUGGAGAAGCCCAAGUCCCUUUCUUAUAUGCUUCUGGGAGUAGUUUCGACGAAGUCCUCGUUGGACUAGGAGCUUCUCGUAUUCGACAACUUUUCACCACUGCCAAACAGAAUUCACCAUGUUUGGUAUUUAUUGAUGAAAUAGAUUCUAUCGGGGGAAAUCGAACAUUUUCUCCUCAUCAUCCCUUUGCGAAUCAGACAAUUAACCAGCUUCUCGCAGAAAUGGAUGGGUUCCAGUCGAAAGAAGGAAUUAUUGUUUUAGGUGCAACAAAUCAAGCAGAAGUCUUAGACAAGGCUUUAUUGAGACCUGGUCGUUUUGAUGUCCAAAUUCAUGUAUCACCACCAACUUAUGAAGGCAGAAUAGCUCUUCUAAAUCUUUACUUGAAAAAAGUAAAAACAGGCUCAAGUAUUGAUAUAGAAAAGUUGGCCCAUGGAACAGUUGGAUACACUGGUGCGGAUAUACAAAAUUUGGUUAAUCAAGCUGCUAUUGCUGCUGCACUACGUAAUGAUCCUUUUGUUGAAAUGCAUCAUUUAUGGGAUGCUCGUGAUCGAUUAAUAAUGGGACCAGCUAAACGUCGUCCAUUGGAUGAUCAAACUAAUCGAGUGUCAGCAUUUCAUGAGGCUGGUCAUGCUUUAGUAGCAUUGCUGACUGCGGAUAGUAUACCAUUACACAAAGUUACAAUUAUUCCUCGAGGUGAGGCAGGCGGUCUUACUAGUUUUCUACAAGAGAAAGACAUAAGUUUUAUGACUCGUGCACAAUUAUUAGCUCAAUUAGAUGUAUUGAUGGGUGGUCGAGUUGGUGAAGAAUUAGUUUUUGGUGCAGACAAAGUUACCAAUGGUGCAGCAGAUGAUUUUCGAAAAGCAACAAUUUUAGCUCAAAAUAUGGUGAAACGCUUCGGUUUUUCAAGUAAAAUUGGACCAAGAGUUAUACCAGAUACUCAGGAUGAACAACUUGGUGAAGCUACACGUGACCUAAUCGAUAAGGAAGUUGACCAAUUACUCAAUGAUUCUUUAACUCGUGUACGUACUUUACUAUCUAGUCAAAGUAAACAACAUAAACUUCUAGCUGAAGCAUUACUUCAUUUUGAAACAUUGACCAAAGAUGAAGUAUUAGCAGUAUUAGCUGGUAAAAUGAAACCUCCAAAAACUCAAUCAGUAACAUCAAAAUCAACAACUCUUCUACCACAGUUAGGUCCUUCAACAUCACCUGAAAUUCACGUAUAA